AUGUCGUUUGCAAAUGAUCUAGAGACGGCAACUUCGAGUAGAUACGAGGAUUUCCCAGAAUUUGAAGGGAUUUCCCAAACAAUAGAGAAUAUACUUUACAACAUUAACAAUAACCAAUUGGUGUCUUUAAAGAAAUUAUUGGUACAAUAUGAAUAUGAAGUAUCAAAUGAACCCACUGGUGACAAAUCUAGAAAGUUAUCAGCAAGAAUAUCAUCACUUACAAGUAAAACUACCAGUAGUUUUAAAAAUAUUAAUCAAAAUGCAACCAAAUUGAAUCAAUAUUUGAGUGCAAGUGAACAGAAUCAUGAGGAUGAAGAAACUCUUAGUUAUUUACGCCAAAAGGAAGCUAUCUUGAUUAACUUAGUAAAGACAAGUGUUGGGCAGUUUCAGAGACAACAGAAACAAUUUGAGCAGCUAGAGCAAAGUGCUACCAAACACAAGAAUGAAUUGUUAUUACUGGAGGAUUCAUCACCACAAGCUCAAACUUCAGAAACACAAGUCCAAAACCAAGUACAAAUCACAUACGAGCCUGUAAAUGCUGAAGAGUUAGAAGAACAAACUCUCUUGAUUCAAGAACGCGAGAGAGAAAUUCACCAAAUUUCUCAAGAUAUUUCGGAAAUUAAUGAUAUCUUUCUGAAUUUACAUGAACUUGUAUCAGAACAACAAGAAACAUUGGAUAGUAUUGAGGAUAACAUUCUUCAUUAUGCCGAUGAUGCCAGAGGGGCUACUACCGAACUUCGUCGCGCAGAACGAUAUCAACGCCGAAGUAGUGGUAGAAUGGCUUGUUGCUUGGCAAUACUAUUGGGUGUAUUUGGGAUGGUAAUAUUUAUAGGGGUAGUGUUUUAA